AUCAAAUAGAAACUACUAAACAAAAUUUGAAAAGGCGAAUUGAAGUAUUAGAAACUCCACUGUCACCUUUUAUUGAUGAGAAGCAAGCUGAAAUAUUAAAGGAAAUCAAAAUACUUGUUGCGAAGCAAGCUGGCAAUGUUGAGUUAAAUGACCAAGUUGCUGAAAUUAAUUGUGCAAAUCCACUACAUGGACGGUCACCAAAACGUUACCAAAGUGGUGAAAAUCAGAAAACAACCAAGAGAUUUAAGGAGAAUGAAAACAUUAAUGUAGAUGAUAAUGGCAACCAGAAAAAGACGCGAAAGUGUAAACGUUGUCAAGAAACCGGACAUGAUAUGCGAAAUUGCAAAGUCUUAAUUGAAAAAAUUGAAGAAUUAAUACGUUUAAUUAUAGUAACAGUAUAA